AUGUGCUUCUUCGCUAUCGUCCUUGUCUGUGGGUCCCAACCAGUGAACGAUGAACGUGGACCAGCCCUCUUUUUCUGCUUUUUAGGGAUUCUUGAGUCCCUGCUCUACGUCGUCGUCUCUGUGGGUCUUCUGGUCUCUGCAAUUCUUCUAUGGGUGUUUUGUGCCGCCCAUUGGGCUAAUAUGAAUCCGGCAUGGGCUACAAUGCCGGCUUUGGCUACGGCCGCCCUUUUUCUGUGCUCCGGGCUCUAUUUCGUCGAAAUUUGUGUUCUAAUCAAUGAUGCCCGGCGAUGCAGUUGGCGGCCACCUCAACCCACGAAUUCUGUGCUUCCGCAUUGA